AUGGCCGCCUCCCUCGAUCGUGGGCAGGCGCACAACCCUACCUCGGGCGAGUACUACGGGGAGCGCCUCGACGUGGCCCGCGUGCUCGUGGACGAGCUGGUGGCGCAGGCACCGCCCGUGCCAGGGAGCCUCUCUGCGAUGGACGGCGAGUGGGAGCUCGUGCUCUCCACGGUGAAGCACGGCAUUUUCCGGUCCUCGCCCUUCUUCUUGGCCGUGCAGGAGGCCUUCGGGAGCAGGGAGUCCUCGGACCUGUUCUUCAAGCUCCACGAGCUGCAGGUCAUGUCCUGGGGCAUCUCCAAGGUGGGCCGUGUGGCCCAGUACAUCAACAGCACGGAGGGCAAGCUGUACAGCGAAUUCGACACCUCCCUGCUGUCGAUGACCACCAUCCCCAUCGUGGGCUUCUGGAAGCUGCUGCCCACCUUCGGAGGCUGCGUCGUCACAGCCUCGGACGUCGAGCUCGUGGGCGACCGGCUGGCCAUGGAGGUGCAGUAUACCGAGGCCCGCGAGGUGCCAGGGUUGACAAGUUUGCCUUCCCUCAUUGGACAGCGCGUGCCCGUGAAUCAGAUCUGGCAACAGCUGCCUUGGAACAGCGGCAAGAAGCCCACGUGCGGGGUCACGCUGAAGUAUCUAGAUCAGGACAUGAGGAUUGUGGCGGAUGACGACGGGGAGUACUUCGUCUACGUCCGGCCUGUCGACCCUCGUGGCUUGAUUUAG